CUUAGUUAUAUUUGUCAGUCAGAUGAUCUUGAAACUUCUUUAAAAAUCUUAGAUUAUUGUAUUUUUUUUCGGCUGACUAAAUUUCAUAUACAGACGUUCCAGUCAUGGCAUCUGCCGCCGCCAACAAAAACAAACCGAAAAAGGUCAUAACCAUACAAUCAAAAGACGAUUUUGAAAGGAUCGUUGCAGAGGCUGGCAACAAGCAUGUUCUGGUGGAGUUUUUUGCCACUUGGUGUGGCCCGUGCGCCCUGAUCGGACCUCGUCUUGAGGAAUUCGCUAGUGAGUACGAGGACUGUUUAGUUAUAGUCAAAGUCGAUGUGGACGAUCAUGAGGACCUCGCAGAAGAGUAUGAUGUCAGUAGUAUGCCCUCAUUUCUGAUUAUUAAGAAUAAAGUAAAGCUUGAGCAGUUUGUGGGGAGUAGCGGGGAAAAAGUUCAGACAACUCUGCAGAAAUUCUGUGGCAAACGCGAUGAUAUCAAUGAUGCGGGUACCAGCUCGAAGCCAAAUGAAAAGAACAAAAUCGUUUCCAUGAUCAAAGCAGUUGUUCCGGGUAAAGCAAACACUGUUCAAACAGAAAAAAAAUAACCGACUUCUGCAUUGAUCGAUUUCAAGAAAGCAAAAUCGCUGAUUGACAAUCUAUUUAGAUAAUUUGUAGGCCAGUUUAAAUUCAAGGCUCAAAUUUUGCUGUGUUUUUGUAUAUAUAUAUAUCAUCUUAAUGCCGGAAUAAAAAGGUUUUUCCAA